AUGAGGGUUUUUUCACCGUGGGCUCUGUCUGCCAUUGGAGUAGGUAAUUGCGCAAGAGCUUUGGCUUUUGAGCUGCCAGCUCAAGCAGUGGUCAGUACGCCAGAUGUUUACCUUUCGCCUCACCGCAUUGACCGCGUCUCCAUGUAUUCAUUUCGCGAAUCAUCGUUCAACAAUACAACCCUCUUCAACCCCACCUUAACAGCACCACCAUUCUUCCAAGUCUUUCACGAGGGAUUCUUGGAUAUUUUGGGGUCAUCUCCGAGUAUUCGCGAGGUUGCUUCGAAUGCCUCGUUUGCUUUUGCCCACGAAGCACCUGUAUAUUUUCCGGAGAUGGACGAAAUGUUUUUUGCCAGUAAUGACGGUGGAAGUCUGGGAAUGAGCGAUCUUGAUCAUAACAAUGUAUACGGAAAGAUCAGCCUUGCGGCUGCAGAGGCUGAGCUUGAGGCAAAUCCCGACGGCGCCGUCAACGUCCCAGUAACGGAGCUUGCUCUAUCGGAGGAGAUUCAGAUGACUAAUGGAGGAACAGGAUUGUAUAAUGACUCGCUUCUUCUUAUCACGUCGGGGCGUGGCGCACGGCCACCAUCUAUUGCGCUUGUUAACCCACGGGAGCCACACAACGUCACUGUCCUACUUGAUAACUUCUUCGGCAGACAAUUCAACUCGCUGAAUGAUAUUAAGGUCCAUCCUUCUAGUGGGAAGAUUUUUCUCACUGAUGUCACAUACGGAUACUUGUUCGGGUUCCGCCCUGCGCCCAUGAUGCCAAACCAAGUCUAUCGUUUUGACCCGGAUACAGGGAGUGUCAGAGUAGUUGCCGAUGGGUUUGUUAGAUGUAACGGAAUAGCUUUUACGGGCGAUGGACGGACUGCUUACGUUACUGAUACCGGAUCUAGCGGCGGCAAUCUUUUGGGUUUUAACCAAACUCUUCCCUCUACGAUCUAUGCCUAUGAUGUAGAUGACAAUACCCAGACAUUCAAGAACAGACGUGUAUUUGCCUAUGUCGAUGCUGGCGUUCCGGAUGGCAUUCAAGUCGAUGCAAUGGGCAACGUAUAUACCGGCUGUGGAGACGGGGUGCAAGUAUUCAAUGAAGAAGGUACCAUCUUGGGCAAGUUCUUUUUAGGUAGUACUUCUGCGAACAUGGCGUUUGCGGGAGAUGGGAGACUCGUCAUAUUGGCAGAAACCAAGAUCUUCUUGGCCCAUAUCGCGGCUCAGGAAAUAUCUCUCGGUGGCCCGUCAUGA